AAUGCAAGUACGUAGGGAAAAUAUAGACUAAGAAUGUGUAUGUUUUGUGCUAGUUCUUUAUUCAUUGUGAUAACUUGAAGCAUUUAUACAUGGUGAACAUGCCGCCAAAAAUAACCCCAGGCAAAAAUGACGCCGACAACGAAAAGAAAGAUGACAAAGGCAGCAAAGAUAACAAAGCUUUAGCUAAAAUUGCUGGACCAAAUAAAUGGAAUAAAGCAAUUAAAAAAGUGAAAAACACGAGAAGGGCGUCUGUAAGAAGGGGAAGUACUCAGGAAGAUGAUCCAUUCCUUCAGAGGUUUACCGUCACAGCUAGGGAAAUAGACGAUUAUCUGCAUGAUUUCAGUGAAAUUUUUACUUUGACGUUCUGGAAGAAGCUUGUGAUCAACCCUGCCAACCCCCCUUACUACUGGUGGUCCUUUAUUGUCACCUGUGCUGUCAUGUACAACCUCAUCAUUGUUAUCACGAGGGGCUGUUUCUAUGACAAACUGCAAGUGAGGGACAUUGUGCAUUAUUGGUUCAUUCCUGACUACCUGUUUGAUUUCAUCUACAUAUUUGACAUGUACAUGAUAAGCCGAGUAGGGUUCCUUGAACAAGGGCUGUUAUGCCGUAAUGUCAGAACCUUAACAAAACGGUAUUUGAAGUCAUGGAAAUUCAUCAUAGACCUUGUUUGCAUAUUUCCAUUUGAUAUUCUCUAUUUUUUUGUCGGCUAUAAUGCUUUUCUAAGAGUGAACAAAUGCCUCAAGGUCUGGAGGUUACGGGAGUUUUUCAAUCUAGCAGAAACCCAUACUAACUACCCAAAUCUUCUACGUGUGGCCAAUCUUAUUCUAAUCAUCAUCAUCAUUAUUCACUGGAAUUGUUGCCUGUACUUUGCCUUGAGUCGGUACCUGGGCUUUGGCAGUGAUGGAUGGACCUACCCUGAUGUAACUGAUCCCAACUUCUCCAGCUUCUGGAAGCAGUAUGUGUUCUGUUUCUACUGGUCCACUCUGACCUUGACCACUAUCGGUGACACUGCUUACCCAGAGAAGACAGUGUCUUUUAUCUAUUGCAUUACAUGCAGCUUGAUUGGAGUGUUGAUUUUUGCUACCAUUUUUGGAAAUGUUGGAGCUUUGAUCAAUGAGAUGGAUGCCGCACGUAAUGACUUUCAACACAAAGUAGACUCGGUGAAACGUUACAUGGAAGUCCGACAGGUGACCGGUCCAAUACAGGAGAGAGUAGUCAAAUGGUUUGAUUACACAUGGAACAAUAAAGAAUCUGUAGAUGACUCCAAAAACCUGGAACAUCUUCCAGAAAAAUUACGUGCAGAAAUAUGUAUCCAUGUUCAUCUAAAAACGCUCAGGCAAGUCAAAAUCUUCUCAGAUUGUGAGCCAGGAGUUUUGGUAGAACUUGUUUUAAAACUGAAACUUCAGGUUUUUAGUCCAGGUGAUUAUGUGUGCAGAAAAGGUGACAUUGGCAAAGAAAUGUACAUCAUCAAGAAAGGAAAACUAGAGGUGUGUUCAGAGGAUGGAAAAGUAGUUUUUGUAACCCUUGAGGAAGGGGCCACAUUUGGGGAAAUCAGCAUUCUUAAUCUUCCUGGUAACAAAACUGGAAAUAGACGGACAGCCAGUGUCCGCAGCGUGGGGUUUUCUGAUCUCUUCUGUUUGAGCAAGACUGAUCUACUUGAUGCCCUGAGAGAGUACCCUGAAGCUAGAAAGAGUCUGACUGAAAUUGGAAAGAACAUUUUAAGGAAGGACAAUUUACUGGAUGAGGAAGCAGCUCGACGUGAAGAACGACGGCAACAAAAUCUGGAUAAGAAGAUUGAACUCAUUGCAGAUGCUGUGGAUGACCUACAAAAAGUUGUAAAUAAACUGAUCGAUAAGGUAUCAACCAAGGAUACAGAAGGGACACCUGGCUCUCAUGAAACCACACUGCUAGUGACAGAAGAAAAGAAAUCCACCACCACUGAAGACAAAGGGGUGAAGCCCUCCGCAAAUAGCAAAAAGUCAAUGACAAAAGUACAUGGUAAGGACAGCAGCACAAAGGAAACUACAGAGGAGACAAAGAAAAGCAGUGCUAUUUUAGCAAAUGAAGACAAAUGAUCCUGAUACUCUAUAUUGUUUAAAGUUGACACUUGGCCAUGCUGAACAAAGAAGGAUGGCAAGAAUGACUGUCCUGAGUACAUGCUUAUCCCUGUAUGUGGUAGGAUCAAUGCAUCAAAGUGACAUUUUUACCUAACAUAGAAAUGAUAGAAAUGGAACACCCAACCCAGCCAUGACAGCCUGAAGAAGAAUUGAAUUAAUUCAUUUUUACAAUUGAUAUAUUCUCUUGUGAUCAUGACUUGUACAAAAUUACUGUUUAAGUAUUCAUGUUACACGUAGGAAGUAGUUUAUAUUAUUUUAAGUUUCAUAAUGGUUUUCAUCCCAGUCUG